CUCAGGGUUCAAAUUCCUCCUCCUCUGUCCCUCCUCCUCCUCUGUCCUUCCUCCUCCUCCUCCUCUUCCUCCUCAGGGCUUCAGUCGAAGUGUCUGUUUGCUUUUUUCCUGAAACUGCGACGGAAACCCGAGGAUCUGAGGAUCUGCUGCUGCUUCACAACGUUGAGACGAACAAACUUCAACUGCAGCGACUCAACCUGAGGCUGCUUCCAGAAGUUUCCAGCUGUUUCCAGGAGUUUCCAGAAGUUUCCAGGAGUUUCCAGGUGUUUCCAGGAGUUUUCAGGUGUUUCCAGGUGUUUCCAGGAGUUUUCAGGUGUUUCCAGGUGUUUCCAGGAGUUUUCAGGUGUUUCCAGGUGUUUCCAGGAUGGGCGUCCCAGAUCCAGUCCGGCCUAAAGGUCUCUUCAACAGCAUCAAGUUCUUUGUCUUCUGCCACAGUUUGCUCCAGUUGUCUCAGCUCCUGGUUUCCGGCUACAUGAAGAGCUCCAUCUCCACCAUAGAGAGACGUUAUGGUCUGUCCAGCCAGAAGUCUGGUCUGCUGGCCGCCUUCAACGAGGUGGGGAACACAGUCCUCAUCGUCUUUGUUAGUUUCUUCGGCAGCCGAGUCCACCGUCCACGGUUCAUCGGAGGCGGAGCUCUGCUGGCGGGUGUGGCCUCGCUGAUGAUGGCGACGCCUCACUUCCUGAGCGGGAAAUACGACUACGGAGAUGACAUCAGCUCCUCCAGUGACAACAGCUCCGGUCUCUGCCAAUCGGAGAGCAGCUCGGCCGCCCCGUUGUCCAAUCAGAGCUGCCAGCAGCAGGAGAGCCCCGCCCAGCAGGUGGCGUAUCCUCUGCUGCUAUUGGCUCAGCUGCUGCUGGGUGUGGCUUCGGUUCCCAUCCAACCGUUCGGCAUCUCGUACAUCGAUGACCACGCUAGCAGGAGGAACUCUCCGCUGUACCUCGGCAUCCUUCUGGCCGUCACCUCCAUCGGUCCGGCCUUCGGCUUCAUCACCGGUUCCUUCAUGCAGAGGUUCUAUGUCGACUUCGACAAACUGACCAAAGACCAGAUCACGUUGGACUCCAAAGACCUCCGCUGGGUCGGGGCCUGGUGGCUCGGCUUCCUCGUGGCCUCCUGCCUCCUCUUCAUCACCGCCAUGCCGUACUUUUUCUUCCCCAGAACCAUGACCAGAGAGGACUCUGCAGACAACGUGGAGUCCAAACCGGACAGUAAGCAGCAGACGAAGCCCCUCCAGGAACUCUCGCUGCUUCAGUUCCUCAAAAGUUUCCCUCGGAUUGCUCUGCGGACUCUGAGGACUCCGGUCUACCUGCUGGUGGUUCUGGCUCAGGUCAACCUGGCGGCGCUGCUGUCUGGACUCGCCACCUUCAUGGCCAAGUUCAUCGAGAACCAGUUCAGCCAGACCACGUCCUUCUCCACCAUGAUGAUCGGAGGAGUCGGGAUCCCGAUGGCGGUAGUGGGAACUGUUCUGGGCGGAGCUCUGAUGCGAAGGUUUAAUCUUUCCGUCAGCGGCUCUAGCAAGUUGUGCACGGCGGCCAUCUUGCUCGGCAUGUUCUUCGCCAUGCCGAUGCUUCUGAUUGGCUGCCCAACGCAGACGGUGGCUGGCGUGUUUCCUCCUGGAACCGGAGCGCUGUCCUGCAGUUCUGACUGCCGCUGUCCUCAGGAGGCCUUCAACCCGGUCUGUGGUUCUGACGGCGUUGAGUUCCGGUCACCGUGUCAUGCCGGCUGUUCGUCCGUCCAAAUCGACGCCAACAACAAAGUCACAAACUACACUGAGUGUCGGUGUGUCGGUGGUCUCGGCUUCGCCCUCCCUGGAACCUGUGGCAGCGGAUGUUCUCACCUCCUGAAACCCUUCAUGGUUCUCCUGGCCCUCACCAGCUUCAUCGCCGCGUUCUCCCAGACGCCAUCCUACAUGAUGAUCCUCAGGUCGGUUCCUCCAGAGGAUAAAUCCUUGGCGGUGGGAGUUCAGUACAUGUUGUUCAGAGUCCUCGCCUUCAUGCCCGGUCCGGUUCUCUACGGCAGCGUCAUCGACACCACCUGCAUCCUGUGGGGCAGGAAGUGCGGCAAAACCACUUCCUGUCAGUACUACAACCUGGACCGCUUCAGAGAGAGGUUCCUGGGGCUGCAGGUUGUGUUUGUUUGUGGUGGGCUGCUCUGCUUCCUGUUGACGGUCGUCGUCCUGCGGCGGAGAGCUGGACGUCCAGAGCUGCAGCCGGAGAACAACGGCGGCUACGAGCUGGUGAACGAACACAAAGCAACGGACGACAACAAAGAGGUGAACGGAAACAAAACCUGAGGAGAAACGCAACAGGAAGUAAACAAACAAACAAACUAACUGAGCCUGGACAAACAGAAGGAGUUCUGAAUGAAACCUUCUCGUUAAACCCUCAAAAAACUUCAGUGAGUUUUUCUAUAUGACAAGUUUCACUUUUCAUGUUUAGUUUCUGUCCAGAGUCAGAAAAAAAUGCUGGAUUCUGAGAUUUACUGAUGAAACACAAAGAAAGCGCAAAGAAAACAAAAAGAAAACGCAAAGAAAACAAAGAAAACGCAAACAAAACACAAAGAAAAUGUAAAGACAAAGAAAAUGCAACCUAACAGGGUUCAGUAUGACAAUAUUCUAAUAUUCUAAAAAUCUUCAUUGAGCUGUAAGUUAACGGAGAUCGGAGGAAAAAGACGACAACAAUCUGUGAACUCAUAUUUAGAAAAAAAACUAACGCUGCUGCAGUCAGAAAAGUUUCAGAAACACAAAAACCAUCGGGAGAGACUCACUUUACUAUUAGAGCCUGAAAGUAACACAAAAACACACAAAACGAAAACAAAGAGACACAAAACAACCAAAAAGAGACAUAAAAUGACACCAAAAGUUUCUUUGGUUUCUGUUUUUUCAUCACUGCUCCUUUGAUGUCCUUUUAAAAGUGUGCUUUUAUUUUGAAAUCACUUAUUUUUAUAUUUUUAUAUUAAUCGAUCUGAACUGAUUUCGCUUUUAUCUCAGUUUGUUGUAUUCAAGGUUUUAUAUCGUUUUGUUUUUUAAGCUGAUUUUUAUAGAAGUUUGUUUUUUUAUGUGUUUUUAGUAACUUUGGUGCCGAAGCUUUUAUAAAAACUGCAUCAUCGUCUGUGAAUGUUUCCUGUUUCCUGUUUGUUCACUGGAUUUUAUCUGCAGCAGAAAAGCUCCGAAAUCUGAAACUGUGAGGAGAGAAAACGUCAAGAAGUUCAACAAAACUCUGUUUCUGUGAAUCUGUGAAAACGGAAUAAAACUUUAUUUUACACUCA